CCUCACCCAACCCUCUAUCUCACCAAAACCAUAAUUCCCCCGCAAAGAGAACCCAAAACGAGAGAAGAGAAGAUUAAGAAAAAUGAUCUCCCUCCCACAACACACCCCCACCCCCAACGCCAGCUCCGUCCCCCAAGACCAACUCACCACAGCCGCCAAUCCCACCGCAACCCCGGACUCUGCACCGCAGCAGCAGCACCACCACCACCAAGGCCAACAACUGCACCUGCACCACCCCCGCCUAACAAUCCAAUACUGCACGCAGUGCAAAUGGAUGCUCCGCGCCGCAUACUUCGCGCAGGAACUCCUCUCGACGUUCUCGACGCAGCUGGGCGAGGUGGCGCUGCAGCCGGCGACGGGGGGUGUCUUCACGGUGACGCUGUAUCAUCGGCGCGGGUGGGCGGGGGAGGAGGCAGAGGGGAACGGACAGGCCGAUACAAUCACCGAGACGGUGCUGUGGGAUCGGAAGCGGGAUGGCGGGUUUCCUGAAGUCAAGGUGCUUAAAUCCCUCGUGCGGAAUGUGGUGGAUCCCGGGCGGGAUUUGGGACAUACCGAUCGGGCAUUGAGGAAGGCCCGCGAGCUGGGGCAGGAGCAGCAACAAGAAGAAACUCAGGAAAAGGAGAAGUGUGAGGAAUGUCAAUAGACCAAUCUAUAUCAUAUAUAAGUAGUAUCAGAGUCUCAAUCAAUUCGGAAAA